AUGGGCUCUGGCAUGUGGGGCAUGUUCAGCAGGCAAGUGGACAGCGGUUGGUCGGGUCAUAGCGGGGAGUCUGGUAGGAGAGCAGGUGGGUCGGGGAGGCGGGUGGGGAGAGGGGGAGGCAGAGAGGAGGAGCACGUGGAAGGGGAAUUGGAAGAGGAGGAGGAGGAGAAGGAGGUGUGGAUUUUGGUAUCGGUGAAGGACACGGGGAUUGGCAUCAGUGCGGAGAAGCAGGGGGAGAUUUUCCACAACUUCGUGCAGGCAGACACGUCGUACACACGGGACUAUGGGGGAAUAGGGCUCGGGCUCAGCAUCGUGCAGAGUCUGGUGCACAUGAUGGGCGGGGAGGUGUGGGUGGAGAGCGACCUGGGCAAGGGCUCAACAUUCUUCUUCACAGCUCGCCUCGAAACCGCCCCUGCCGGCACCACCGCUCCCGCACACCCCCCCCAGGCCUUCGACCCGUCCGCUCCUCCUUCUCUCGCCGCCUCCUCCUCCUCUCUCUCUACGCCCUUUCUUCUGAACUUCCCCCGGGGUUUCCCCUUGCUGGAUACGGGGCUGAGAUCGCUCGAUUUGAUUCUUCUGUGA